UUUGUGUAUGUACACAUGAUCGAAUAUUAAUUAUUUAAUUAUAUUGAUAAUAUUGAGGAUAGUGAGUUGAGUUAUGAGUUAAAUUUUUACUAAGAAUUAAUUUGGUUUUGAGCUAAACUUUGAGCGUCCAUUUGAUGUAGUAUCAUUAAAUUGGGAAUUUCCCAUUAUUUUCUUGACAUUCAUCUCCGGCUACUGAUCAUAUGAUUGUUGAUACCGAUAAGCAAGAGCCCAACUGGAAAUUUCGACAACCAUCUCUGGUUAUUUUCGAAACUCGAAGUCUGCUGCUAUCCUUGUCCUUCGUCCUGUGAUUUAACUAGAGACAUUCGAAGUUACAUAUACUGUAGUUCUAUAACUAAAGAAUGAACUUUGGUUAAAUAUGCAGCAACCUUAAAGAACGAUACCAGCUUCAGUAAGCUGUGCCUUUGAUCUUUCCUUUCAUCAUCAUAACUUAAAUUUGAGGACGAAGUAUGAUUUUCUGUAUUCUUCUUUCUACAUGCAAGGCAGGAUGGCAGACUUGCCUCGUUACAUGAGAUCUUGCUUGCAGUCUGGGAAGCUUGCCAUGCUAGCAAUUCUUGUCUCAGGGGGAAUUGUUUUGCAAAUACUGGCAUGCGCUCUAUACAAUAAUUGGUGGCCAAUGUUAACAGUGCUUAUGUAUGUCCUUCUACCAAUGCCUUUAAUCUUCUUUGCCGGGUCCGAUGCUUCUUCUCUCUAUUCCGAGUCAAGCAGUGGAUGGGUAGAUGCAACUAAGUUCCUUACUGGUGCUUCAGCUGUUGGUAGCAUAGCUAUACCAGUUAUCCUCAAACAUGCAGGAAUAAUUGGUUGGGGAGCAUUGUCUAUGGAGCUUUCAUCCUAUUUCGUGUUCGUUGUGGCCAUUUUAUGUUUCAUGGGGACGAAUGAUGAUGAUGGGUACAGUAUGUUUUAAAACUAAAGAAUUUCCAAAGCUUCCCUUUUUAAUUUUUUGGUUUUUAUUAUCUCGUGUCAGUUGAUGCCUAUUUAGAAAUGUCGAUGUUGUUGUCAUUAUGUGCUU